CGUGAGUGUAAUUCCUAACAAGACACUGGUGAUGCAGUUUGACGAAACGGAUUACGGAUUCUGGAAGUUGCAGAUCGAAGAUUACCUGUACGGUAGAGAUCUGUAUCAACCUUUGGAUGAUAAGCCGGAAGACAUGAAGGAGAGCGAUUGGAAGUUGCUGGACAGAAAAGCGAUGAGCGUGGUGCGAUUAUCGUUGUCUAGAAACAUCGCCCUACACACCGUCAAAGCAAAAACGACGAAGGAGAUGUUGCAGAUUUUGUCAGAUAUGUACGAGAAACCUUCCGCUGUGAACAAAGUUCAUCUGAUGAGGCAUCUUUUUAACCUGAAGAUGUCAGAAGGUACGUGUGUGGUGGAUCAUCUCAACGAGUUCAAUGUGAUCACCACACAGUUGAGCGCGGUUGAGAUAAAAUUCGAUGACGAAAUUCAUGCCCUUAUUCUGCUGUCUUCUCUCCCAGAAAGCUGGAACGGAACGAUGACUGCAGUCAGCGCUUCGUCAGGGAAAGAGAAAUUGAAAUUCGAUGAAGUCAGAAAUCUGGUGGUUAGCGAAGAAAUUCGCAGAAAGGAAUCAGGCUUGGCUUCUAGAUUGGCGUUGAGUACAGAGAACCGGGGCAGAAUCAAUUCGAAGUCCAAGUCAAAUCGGGAUAGAUCAAGAUCCAAAUCCAAAUCAAACAGCAAAGGCAAGAAGGACAUAAGUCAGAUCAAGUGCUGAAGCGAUGGAACAGUAUACUCCCGGCAAUUUUGGAGAGGUGUAUCUUGCUGAUGAUGAGCCUCUUAAAAUUGUCGGGAAGGGGACAGUCCAUGUGAAGACUCCGAACGGAUGCAUGCUGAAACUGAAUGGCGUCCGACACAUUCCUGGUUUGAGGAGGAAUCUUCUUUCAAUUGGGCAGCUAGAUGAGGAAGGUUAUGCAGGUACAUUCGGCAGCAGAAAUUAGAAGAUCACCAAGGGAGCCUUGCUGGUUGCUAAAGGGAAGAAGGAGGGUACGUUGUACAUGACAACGAACUCGAAGGACUGCAUCGAUGUUCCUGCCGCUGCAACAAACGAUGUAAAUUUGUGGCACUGUCGUCUCGGUUACAUGAGCAAAAAGGGGAUGAAGGAGCUGUGCUCGAAGGGCAAACUGCCCGGCCUGAAGACUGUUGAGGUUGGCUUAUGCGAGGACUGCAUAUUCGGGAAACAGAAACGUGUCAGUUUCUCAAAGUGAAGGCAAGCUAUCAAACCGGAGAAGUUGGAACUAGUUCACACCGACCUUUGGGGACCUGCAGAAGUUACAUCCUUGGGAGGAUCCGCCUACUACAUGACCUUCAUUGAUGAUGCCACAAGAAAGGUAUGGGUUUAUUUUCUCAAAAAUAAAUCUGAUGCCUUUGAUGCUUUCAAGAGGUGGAAAGCUCGUGUUGAGACAGAGACAGGUCCGAAGUUGAAGUGUUGAUAAGUCCGUAUUUAGACACGCAUUUGAUGCGUGUUGGGAUUGGAUUUUGAUGGUUUUCCCAGCUUUAAGGUGUUGCAAGUCUCAAUUUUAGCUCAAGUUAUGUUUACCGGGCGUUGGUUCGAGUUUUGUGUCAUUUGGAGUCAAAAUCAAUAUUUUAUAGUUCGGCACCGGCGCUUGAGAAGCAAUCGGGAUGAGUUGAGAAGCAUUAGAGAGUGAUUUGAGAGCCUUGGAGGUCACCGGGAGGUUCACGGGGUCAAAAGAAGAUGAAUGAAACUUGAAAACGAUGAUCAGGAUGACCUUCUGUCAAUCGUUCAAGCAUAUCUCUUUGUAGAAACAACCAAUGGACACGAUUCAAGUUCCGUAUGAAAGCUAACUUCAAGGGAAACAAAUCAUAUGAAUACACCUUUGCGAUAAUUUGAGAGGAAGAAGGUGAAAACAGACGAUGAAGUCAGAUGAUCUCUGCUGCGAUUUCAGAAAGACACCUUCCACCGUUUUGAUCAUAUGUCUUGAUUGGAUGAUUCAAAUCACAUUCAGAAAAUUGGGGUUGAUAGAUGACUUCAUUAUCUACAACUUUCAUGAAGAAAGCAUUGCCAAAUUCGGAAGUUAAGUAGGCACAAUCGUGCUCUCAAAGUCAGGCACGAUCGUGCGUGAAGAGAAAGCAUCGCGGAGUUACUGCCAGCCAGGCACGAUCGUGCCUGCCCAAAAUGUGCGUUUUAGCUCCGAAGGCACGAUCGUGCCUAGCUCCGAAAAUCCCAAUUCAGCUCAAAUUUCACCCAAUAUUUCUAUUUAAACAGCCUGUAAACCCCCGUUUUCAAGGGGGAGCUUAGAGAGAGUGCCUAGCACGAAUUUUAGAGGGCUUUUCGG